AUGUUUAUACAGAAGCUACGACGGGGUGUCUCUUACGCUGGAUUCUAUUGCUUCACUGCUGCUCUCACAUUCUUCUAUACGAACAACACAACAAGAGCAGGAUAUUCCAGGGGAGAUCAGUUUUAUGCAUCUUACCCUGCCGGCACGGAACUUUUGACCGACACAGCUAAGCUGUACAAAGCGGCGCUUUGGACUUGCUAUGAAUCUGAGGAUUGGGGUCCUGUUGAGUUCUGCAUAAUGGCUAAGCAUUUUGAGCGCCAGGGAAAAUCUCCAUACGUUUACCACUCUCAAUACAUGGCUCACCUUCUUUCUCAAGGCCAACUCGAUGGAAGUGGCUAGUGGCAUCCAAUGAUUUAUAAACAACUCUUUUUCUCAGCUUUGUAUCUAAUUUUUGUUGUAACAAAACUGAACCUUGUUAUCUCGAACACUUGUAAUGCCAUGGUAUAAAACCCGGAGAAUGGACUGUUCUGAUCCGUGCUAAGAAAAAUAAGAGCACAAAAUGCCUGUAAAAAGGCAGAUUUAGACAAUUGUUUUAUAUCCGUUGAACACCUUCUUUGUUCC